AUACAUCUCAAAUCAAAAAAGGCUACUUACAAUCAAUGAGGACCAUAUGAAGUUCUACUCAAAUCUCAGGAAUUUAACAGUGACCAAUACUCACCUGACAUAUAUAUCUACGAUGGCCUUCUUCAACAAUUCCAAACUUCAAUAUCUGAAUCUCAGAGACAAUAACUUAUCAACACUCUCUUGGAGAGCACUUCGUAAUUCCAACUUGUCGACUUUGUUGCUCUCCGGGAACCCUUUACAAUGUGAAUGUAAGAACAUCUGGAUCAAAGUCUGGUUGGAUGACAGUGAGAGAGAGGGCCUGCAGUGUCUACAGGAAGGAGGAAGUGCAAAAGCCCUCUCUAGACUCACUCUUAAUUCAUGUGAGUAUCCACGUGUCGAGGUUAUCCCUGCUGUUGUCAAUCAAAUGGCAGGAAGUGAUGCUACAGUGAUGUGUAGUGUGUCUGGAGCCCCGACCCCUGAGCUCUCCUGGAGCUUAAACUCCAGCGAUCCUCCUCUCUCAACCAGCCAUGAG